AUGAACACCGCAACAUCCUUAGCAGCCCUGCGCAGACUGGUUUCGCCCUCAAAAGCUGCUACUCGAUGCUUGACAACUCUUCAAUGCUCCUCCUCUUCAUUCAGCACAAAGAUAGCACCAGCAAUUCUCGCCUCAAGAACGGUUUCCCCCUUUCUUAAUAACUCUCGUCUGGCCUUUGCUCAGCCUUCCUGUUACUCCUCAUGGGCUACCCAGCGACUCUACUCAACAGAGACCAAGAGGCUGGUGGAUCAAGACGACAAGAACAAUGUUUCUGUUGUGGACAAGAAAGUGCACCUCAAUUGGAUCGAUGGCACCACCAGCCGAUUCCAUUCGUUUUGGCUACGGGAUCACUGCCACUGCCCUGAGUGCUAUCAUUCAGUUACCAAGCAACGACUCUUCGAUACUUUUAAGAUCCCCCGCGACAUCAAACCGAAGUCCGUUACACUCACAUCAAUGGGACUCGAGGUGAUCUGGGAUGCCGAUAAUCACAAGAGCCACUACAGUUACGGUUGGUUGCAGAAACACUCGUAUGAUCCAAAGAUCAGGGACCCAUUCAAGGCCGAGGGUGCGACGAAGAUUACAUGGGACAACUCGAUUGCCUCCAAGCUACCAGAGGUCCCUUACAAGGAGGUCAUGGAUUCCGACAAGGGCCUUGCCACAUGGCUCAAUAACAUCCAUGUAUACGGUUUCUCUUAUGUGAGCGGGGUACCCGUUACGACAGACGCAACAGAGGCGCUGGCAAAACGCAUUGCCUUUAUUCGUGAAACACAUUAUGGUGGAUUCUGGGACUUCACAUCAGAUCUGGGACAUGGAGACACGGCCUACACGGACAUUCCUCUGGGCGCUCAUACGGAUACGACAUAUUUUACAGACCCCGCAGGCCUGCAAAUGUUCCAUCUUUUGUACCAUGAUGGCGAAGGCGGACAUAACCUGCUCGUUGACGGGUUCCACUGCGCCAAGGUGCUCAAGGAAAAGUACCCUCAAUCUUACAAGGUUCUCUCCGAGAUCGGUGUCCCUUCUCACAGUGCUGGCGAUGCCGCAACCCAUAUCAUCCCCACGCCCAGACGCAACCCGAUCCUGAACCACGAUCCUGACACUCAGGAUCUUGUUCAAGUCCGGUUCAACAACGACGACCGCUCGACCCUGGAUCAUCUAGAUCCUAGCCAGGUCGACGCCUUUUAUUCUGCCCUGUUUGACUGGAACGAGGUCUUGACGGACGAGAAGCAUAUGCUCUGGACGAAAUUUCAACCCGGACGUGUCCUGAUCUUCGAUAACUGGAGAUGCCUCCAUGGCCGCUCUGGAUUUACGGGCAAGCGCAGGAUGUGCGGCGCCUACACUAACUGGGACGACUAUCGCUCGCGCUGGAGAACUCUCAACACCUCGCCGGAGCAGCUCGCUGAGGACCUGUAA